AUGUUCAAGCCGACGCCGUCUCUGUGCUCCAAGGCGAGCCGGUUGCCGCUCACCUCCAAGAAGGGCAACCGCGACUUCUUCAAGGGCACCCGGACGGGCAACAUCAUGCGCCGCAAGAGGAUCGCCACCUCUGACCCUGCCGGACGGCAGCUGUACGACAAGAACGGCAGGGAGCUCAGCUGGACCAUCAAGACGCACCGCAUCGACGAGGCCAGAGUGCCUUCCUACAUUGUUCCUCCGGGACUGGCAGAGACCAAGCUGCGACCCUACGUCUUCAUCGGCGACGCAAGCGACGGCGGCGUAUCGAGCAAGGACAAGAUCGGCAUGCCCAACUACCCCAAGAUGGACCAGCACGGCUUUGACGGCACCUACUACCGCAGCAUCAUCAACGAGAUGCUCCAGAAGCGACGCAUCCGCGAGCGCCAGGACGAGGACAAGAGAAUAGCGGAAGCCGUCCGCCAAAAGUAG